UCUGUAGCUUCUCUGAGUUAAAUUUUUGACUGCUUUAAAAUGAAGCCACUUAAUUACAAAUUGACCGAGGAGAACCUCAAUUUAAAAAGCGAUUUGUGCUUCAUAGACAAUGUGCUGCGUACCCAUGACACCCAGGCCGAUUCGGAAGUGCGCCGUUAUCUGUUGGACUUGUCCUACACUUUGGCCCGCAAUCAGCUCGUUGAGGCGCGUCGCUUUGCCAAUCUGAGCAACAAGACCUUUAUAGAUGUGAAGGACUUGCGCGUUGCCAAGAUCGACAAAACGGAGGACUACCAGAUGGGCUCGCUGCUGCACAACAAGGGGAUAGUGCAGCCGCUGCCCACGCCGGCGACGACGACGAGCCUGCUGCUGCCGCCCUGGCGCAACUGCCAGGUGGGCGCCAACGCUGAGCUGAAGCAGGUCGUGGCCGAGGCGGAGGCCCUGAAGUCAGCAGAAAUCGGGCCGCCGCCCUGCAAAGUACCUCGCAUGCGUGCGCCCAAUCAGCCAACAGCGACUUAAGAACUCGCAUUGAAUUUAAUUGC